AUGUACCAUUUCUAUUUAUUAAAAGGGCACCAACAAUUGCUUAAUUUUUCAAGGGACCAGAAUAUCGACCAUUUGUCCUCUGCAAGGUCAAUGUUUCAGAUGGCCAUUAAUUUGAAUACUACAAGGAUAAUCCCAGUUAUUCUAUCUGGAAACAUUAUGACAAUGGUCACUAAUUAUCAAAUAGCCUCCGUUUAUUAUAUGAAGGCAUUACUAAUGACCACAUAUUAUCUGUCCAUGGUGGAUAAUUAUUUUAAAAUCGCAGAUGAUAGCAAAGAGAUUAUGCUGGAAUUAUCACUGGCACAAUCACAACUUGUAUGGCUGAAAGCACUUCUUCUGUUUGCACUAUCCUCAUGCCAGUUUUAUUUGGGAGAUAUUGAUUCUGCUAAGGUGCUCAUUGAUAAGUCCAUAUCUGUGAUGCCAAUGUCAUUUUCAUAUCGACUCUCAUCAGUAAUAAUCGCACACAAGCUGACUCAUUUUAAAGAGGAUUUUGACGAAAACGAUCCUGAAAUUCCGCGUCUUUUUAAAGAAUACGCAAACGCGGCCCUUUUAUGCCAUGCAAUGGAUAAGUCUAACCCACUCAGCCAGCUCCAAAUUUGUGAAUUCCUGUUUCAUAAGGGGGAAGUGGAAGAAUCUAAAAAAAGACUUCAAGAUCUCCAGAAGCUUAACCUCCCCUAUAACCUCAGAUCUGAACUUGAGUACCAACUUGGAAGAGUUGAGCACUUCAAGGAAAACUACUCAGGAGCUUUGGGUCACUACCUAAAUGCAAUAUCACUCAAGAGUGAUUUUAUGGUUGCUAGAUUACAGCUUGUUAAGGUAUCAGCAGGGUCAUCAGAUUUGGGAUUGGCAAGAGAACACUGCGAUUUCCUUCUCCAGUGUUUACAUAAAGUUCCAAUAGUACUCAAGGUUUCAGCAUAUGUUUACUUGUCAUCAGCAAGAGAAGCACUGGAAACGAAUAAGUGGGAGAUGCUAAAGCUAGAAUCAGUAAAUAAAUCCCAAAACCAACUUGAUAUAUCAUGUAUGUUCCACACAGUUCAACAAGGUAUGGGGCGACUAAUAGAUGAAAGACUCUUUAAGGCUCUUUCACUUCUGGAUGAUCUCAUGACCAUGAAUAACUCAAAUGAAAAAGAAGAAGAACAGGAUGAUUCUCUUAAACUGGGGAAUAGAGGUGACUUUAAAAUGUUAAAUAAAGGCAAAAAUGACUUUUCUGACCCACUAGUCUUGGAGUACUACAUAAGGUCCAUGGAGAUGCUGGUGUCAAGAGGAAGAGAAUAUUUCUGCCCAAACCUAAAGUCUUAUUACUCUGAGUAUUUUAAAUUAUAUAAAAACGAAAGUCCACAGUUUAUUAACAAUUUUGGAGUUAUUUUAAUGUAUACUAGGAAUUAUACCAAAGCCUGUAAAGUACUUCAGGAUCUUAAUGAAAAGUUAUCCGGCACACCAAAUCACACAACUGAUUUAAAUGUUAUGAAUACAGAGUCAAAAGAGUCAGGUAAUUUAUUAAAUGAAGAACUUGUUAAAAAAACAAUGGCCUUGACUGUAAGAUUUAACUACGCACUGGCACUGGAGUUUAGCGGCCAAUUUUCAAAAGCCAAUAAGAUAUAUUCAGCAUUGACAAGAGAGUACCCAAGGUACACACCACCGUGGCUUAGAAAGAGCAUCAUGGCAUUCAGAAAGGUAUUUUGCAACAAUUAUUUAAAUAUAAUAUUUUAUUUAGUGCGACUACGAGAAUAG